AUGGCAGGCGGAAAAGAUGGAAGCUCGCAUACCGGAACCCCGGGCAAUUCUGCCUUCCCACGAGAGAAUUUGAAUAAAGACUUGCAAAAGCUGGUCGACCGUGAAGAUGACUGGAUGGAUAAUCUCUAUGAGGGACUGGGACCCGACACAACUGAGACAACCGCUCGAUAUGCAGCAUAUGCGAACCGAUUACGGACUAUUAUGCUGAGCGCACAUCGCUAUGUUGCCUAUACAUCCGAUAUUGGUGAAUCAUUUCGACCUGUGGCACAUCCGUGGCUAGUUAGAGGCGCAUACGGCGUGUCCUGGGCAUACAUCCUUGGCGAUGUCAGUCACGAAGGAUGGAAAGCAUAUAAGCGAAACCAGAGACUACUAUAUCCUUACGGUGACGAGCACAAAGAUGCUUCGGCGGCAACAGCACCCAUGCCAGCUACGAAAGCGGAGCCACAACCCGUUCCUGUGCAUAUACCUGCAAUUGAGGACUACCGGAGCGUCAUGGCACAGAGAGCAGUGUUUCAGAGUGUUGCCUCAAUGGGUUUACCGGCCUUCACGAUCCAUAGUAUUGUCAAAUACUCUGGCAAAGCGUUGAAGAAUUCCGCCAACACGACAAUCAGGACAUGGGGCCCCAUAGGACUCGGUCUCGCCGCAGUUCCCGCUUUACCAUACAUGUUCGAUGAACCGGUAGAAGAGAUCGUUGAAUGGACAUUCUACCAGGCAUUCCGAGCUAUUGGUGGUGAGAAGGCAGUUGGAGAGAGACAUGCGACUGGUAGGAAACAUGAUCUGCAAGAAGAGGUGAAGAUUGCGAGAGCAAAGAAAGACCUGUGA